UUGUUCUCUGCAUCCGUCUACAAACACAAACAUAUUCGUUCCGAGAAGAAGGAAACAAAAACAGCUUCAAUAAUUGUGUUCGAGUAUGGCGAAUUCACCUCUUCAUUCUCCGAUCAACCCACAUUUCUUCCAACCUCUUCUUCCCGGUUUCACCAACCACCUCGACAUUCCUGUUGCGUUCUUUUUGAAGCACUUAGAGAGAAAUAACAAACGUAAAACGGCUAAGCUGAGAUCAGACGCAUCAGAGACGACCUGGAGAGUAGAAAUUGACGGCCAAAGACUCUCUGACGGCUGGGAAGAUUUCGCUGUCGGACAUGAUCUCCGGCUUGGUGACAUUGUCAUUUUCAGACACGAAGGGGAGUUAGUGUUCCAUGUCACAGCUCUAGGACCAAGUUGUAGUGAGAUUCAAUAUGGAGGAUAUAGCGAUGAAGAAGAGGACAAAAAGGAGAAGGUCUCAAGAAAGAAGAAGAGUCCAAAUGCAGAAACAGACCAUUCAACAGACCAAUCUUUCUUUAUGACCACCGUCACGGCUUCAAAUCUAAAGCGCGACAUAGUGUAUCUCCCUAAAACGUUUGCAAUGUCAAAUGGUCUGAUGAAGAGAUUUGAGAUUGUUUUAAUGAAUGAAGAGGGAGAAUCAUGGAAGAUAGGUUUGACAUACGAGUCAUGUAGAGGCCGGUUUUGUAGGCACCAAAUUUACUAGAUCGGCAAAUUUGAUAUGUAAAGCAAAAAGUUUACAAAAUAACAUGAAUAAAAAAAAAUACAACAAUAUAAUACCGUAGUUGGAAAAGAACUAGGUUGAACAAGAGUCGAGAUUAGAUCUC